UUUUGUCUCAAUAUCCGCCCCCAUUGUGUCUGCGCGCGAAUAUCUCCAGACAAGACACACACGAGGGCGGAUAUCGAUAAUGGGUGAAAAAAAAAAAAAAAUCAUUGUCAUCAAAACAACCCAGAUCUGGAUCUCUUCUUCCCCUUCCUUCCUCUCCUCAUACCUGCUUACUACCUUACCAUGCUGUUCAAUCUAGCUAGUAAGGUAGAGUAGCAAUCAACCCUGGGGCCAGAAACCGUUAGUUCACGAACGUAUCCCUUCCCUUUGUGGAUGGAUCUGGGGCUGGAAGUUAGGCGCGAGUGGAUCUUCGGCAACUCACUAACCUGUGGCACCCACCCCCCGGAGGAGGGAGGGGGAAAGGGCAUAGCAUGGAACUAUCUAGCCACCGUGGUUAGGGCAGUUGUAGCCCUCUCGGCGGCGGAUCUGGUGUCUGACGCCAGUGCAGGAGGUGCCUCGCUUGGCGCAGUAGACGACAUCACCCUCAGCUACAGUGCAGCCGCAGUCGUACUUGAAGAAGUACUGAGAGCACAUAGUGGCGGCGGGAGGAAGACUGGAGAAGGGACUUGGAACUGGUGGAUUUGAAGGUUUUCGUAGAGAUGAGCACUUAGAAAGCGCGGGAGUAGAAGUAAAUAGGAAGUAGAAGAUUGUGAGAAGAGAUUGAAGUUUGAGAAGUUGUGGUCAGGCUGAGCUGAGCUAGCUGGAUUGCUUUGCUUUGCUUGAUUGCUUUGAUGGAUUGAUGAUGGUUCUGAUUGUCCGAUGGGGGAGUGCGAAGGGGGCUUUAAAUAAUUGAGGAUGCAGUCUCCUGGACUACUGACCGGUAGUGGUGGUGGUAACAAGCGUUGGUACGUCCGUAGUAGGAGCAGUAAGUGUGGUUGUGGUGGUGGUGAGUCUCGAAUCAGAAUCCCAAAUGAUAAAGAUG